UUAGGUCUGUUAUCCUGGGACACGAAAACUACAGGAUGUGAUUUAUCUGAACUUGAAAACGUCUGCAACAAUGUCAAGCAUGGAAGUGAUACCGAGAAUGAACUUCUAAUUCAACAUUCAACUGAGACAUUAGCUGUAGAAGUUUUGAUCAACCCUCAAGUAAGUACGUUGAAGCAAUGUUUGAAAAAUCUACUUCUGGCGAGAACCGGCCACAAACAUUUGAUUUACGCUGGCUAUUCUUUUACUGGAUCUGGAUCGUGGAUAUUACAAAACGGAGCAUUCAAGUUUUCAAAUUUCAUCGAUGCCUUUCAAGAUGCCGAUGUUCAAAAAGAACUACAGAACAAUCAAGGUGGAACUUUUCAUGUUCACUGUACGGAAGAAGGCGAAUGGACCUCCGCUAAUUUUCAGAAGCAAGCCAUUCAGAAACUAAUUAAACUACAGUUAAAUCCAGCUGAUAAAAUUGAUAGUCUUCCAGGUAUGCCAGCCCUUAUCCAAUGUUUGGAUUCGGCACUCGUCAGUCAUACUUUAGAAGAGAUUAUGACACUGUCGCCUUUAGUUGGUAACAUACGCUUCAAUAGACCUACUCUGUAUGUGUUUCCUGGUGGAGAAGGUGACUGUGCUUUAUUCGGAAUUAAUGGAUUUAACAUGCUUAUCGACGGUGGUUUCAAUAGGAAACCGUGUUUCUGGGAAUUCAUAAGACAUCUGGAUCGACUCGACGCUGUAAUGGUAACAAGAUUAUGUGAGAGUAACGUGUGCGGAAUUACAACUUUAAUGAAAAGGAAAGCUAUCAAUAAUAUUUACCCGCAGAUUGGUUAUGUAUUUUGUAAUGUCAUGGAAGGAAAACCAACACCAAACGAUGAAAUAACAAAAGAUAAAAAUGAUUUGUUGGUUAGUGUUGUGAAUGAAGGCCACACCUUUCUAAACAAUCUAAUGGAAUUAAAUAUGAAACCUCACAGAUGUCUGAGAGACGUAACAAACAUGGAUCCAUUUACUUUGUAUCAAAAGGUUGGCCAUGGGACUUUGGAGAUGUAUACAUUGAGUCCGCAGAAAGAUAGUAAAGAAGUUAAAGAAUUCCUCCAGCAAUGGGCUUCUCGUAAAGAAACAUUUAGUAAAGUAAAAGCUGGAGUUAAAUUCCAGGAACAAGAAAUAUCUAUUCCGCUUUCACAUGUGCUCUCAAUUUGUUCAUUGAUUGUAUGGAGACCCGCUAAUCCUAAAGACACAAUUACAAGAAUAUUCUUUUCUGGAAGUGCACCACAGAACAGAAUAUUCGAAGGAUUGGAGAAGUUAAAAGAUUUAGAUGUUUUAAAGAAACCAGUUUGUUCUUAUUCUUCUCUACAUCCUACGAUCGUUGAAAAGCCAAAAUCAAAACUGUUAUCGAAGGGACCAUCGAUCAAAACUUCUCCACUCGUAACUAACGGCACAGGUAGAAGUACAGAGUCAUUGGGAUCAAAAAAAGAAACGACAGAAACAGAAUCAAAAAAGGAAAUCAUCGAAAAGAGAACUUCGAAAACUCCAAUUAAGAAAGAGCCUUAUAAGCAUGUUAUAGAAAAUAAGGAAAAGAAAGAAACGAGAAGAUCAACAACUACGACUCUCACCUCCACAACAACCAAAAAAGACAUUAAAGAGAAAAAAACACCAGCAAAGCCAACAGAAAUAAAGAAAACAUCUCCUACACCUAAAGUUACUGAAGUUAAAUCUAAAGGCUUGAAAGAAGUAACGAAUAAGAAAACGGUCGAAAUCAAAACCGCAAAGAGAAAACCUGAACUUCUCAAACAAAAAUCACCACCUACAACAGAAACUCAUAAACCAAAGCCAAUAACAAAGUCACAAUCUUCAACGAAAACAACGACUAAAACUGCAAAAACAGAUACAUCUAAGCCUACUAAAACAGAAGUAAAGAAAAUUGUUUCUAAAGUAUCUACUACAACAACUGCAAAGAAAGAGACACCACUAGAAAAUAAGGAAACAGCUAAAGAACCGAAGCUUAACGGCGUUGCAAAACUCGCUGAAAUACCUGCUAAAGUAGAAAUUUCUGAUGAGAAAGUUACUGAAGAAAUUUCUUCUUCACCCGCUGACAUUCAAACUAAAGAGAAAGAAUUAGAAAAUGUUGAACCAGAACCUAUUAAGGCAGUAUCACCUUCUCUGGAAAAGGAAAAGGCAGAACCUGAACCAAUCUUAGAAGAAAAGCAAAAAGAACAAAUAGAAGAAAAAUUACCUGAAGAAACUAAAGAAAAAUUUUCUGAAGAAGUUACUAUUAACGAUAAUUUGAUUAAAGAAAGUGUUGCAGUUGAAGAACAAAGCAAAACCGAUUUACUAUUAGCAAACGCUUCAAUGGAAGGUAGUUUCUGUGAAGGAUUAAUGGAAGAAGUUCAGGAAACAGUAAAAGAAGAUAAUUAUAUUCAGAAAGAAAGCACUAUCUUGGAAACAUCCCCGUGUAACGAAGAAAAAAUUCCCGUAGAAGAAAUUAUUGAAGAAAAAUCAGAGAAAGAAUCCCUGCAUGAUGUGAUGGCUCUAGAGAACAACGAAGAAUAUGAAAUAUUAGAAGAAAAAGUAGAAAAAGAAGACAAAAUUUCCGAAUUCGAAACCGAAAAUAAAGUCGUAACUAUAAAACACGAAGACUUACCCGUGGAAGAAAACGAACCCAUUAAAGAUGAGCUUCCUGUUAGUAAAAACAAUCUCUUCGUCGAUAUCGCACAUAAGGAGGCUGAAAUUGAAGAAGACACUAUUAAGAGUCCAACUCCUAUGGCAGAGGUUGAUUAUGAAGACGAAGGAGUUGCUCUCGAAACUACGCGAGAGAAAUGCGAGGAAGAUUUGCCUGAAAACGAUAAAAUAUUGAAAGACGAGGCAUUUGAAAGUUACGAAGGUAAAUACCAAGACGAUGUUUUAGAAAUGGACAAAUCUGAUGAUCGUGAAGAAAAAGAAUCAUCAAGUCUUAGCGAAGAGGAAAAAUUAGAAGAGGAGGAAGAAAUGAUAAGACAUCCUACACCACCCGGAGAGAGAAACUUUUAUGAGAAAAUUGGAGCUAUUCCGGAUGAACGAAGCAUGGAAGAACUUGAUAGUAGAUUCAUGGAGCAUUAUCUUCCACGGCAAGGUGAAGACGGUUAUCAACAAUUAUAUGAAGAAGGUGAAGAAAAUGAAGACGAAUCCGACAGUGAGGGACCAAUCGUUGAACAACCCGUAUACGGUAAUGUGAUUCAAGCAGACUUUCCUGAAUUUGUUAAUAUUUCUGGUGGUACCACUCCUUCGGAACCACAAUCUCCAAAAGCUGUAUAUGAUUCUAAACAGAAAUUCGCGGAUGUUUCAGAACAAUUACUCAAAUCUACCCCUCCGCAGGAGAUUGACGAAGAUAGAUUUGAAGAAGAACAAAAGAUUCACCCCGAUUUCCAGAUGUCACCAUCUAAAUCAUUAGGAAGUAAAGUGUGUAUCGAUGAAGCAUAUAAAGAAUUUGGCAAAGAUUUACAUGAUGAGGAAAAAAUUAUCAAAGAUCGUGAGGACAAGAUUAUGGAAGUAGAAGAAGAGGAAGAAGAAGAGGAAAGCAUUCAGAAAGACUCAAUCCUCGAAGAAGUCAUUCAUACAAAAACAAUUCAUGAAGUUCAUGAAGAAGAAAUUAUUCAAGAAACAACAUAUGAUGAAGAAUUAAUGACAGAGAAAGCUAUGCAAGAAGAUUUGAUCCAAGAGAAAACUAUGAAAGACGAUAUUAUUCAGGAAAACGAACCAAAAGAGCAGGAUUUUUAUGCCGAAAAAACAGAUCCGAUGAAAGAACAAACAGAAUCCUUUGAUGAUCAACAAAAACUUUCUCCUCAUAAAGAUGUAUGUGAAGAUCGUCAGAGUCCUUUGCAAGAGUACGAUAAUACGAGUUUUCAACAAUCAAUGCAAAGUGAAACCGAUUUCCUUAAAGAACGAGAAACACUCUCUCCAAGAAGAGAUUUGUAUAAUGAUCGCGAAAGUCCUGUAGAAAAAUACGAAAGUAGAAAUAUGCAAGAAACUAUGCAAGAACAAAUUGAUUCCUUUAAAGAGCAAGACAGAAUAUCUCCAUGCAAGGAUAUAUACGAUGAUCGCGAGAGUCCUCUACAAGAAUAUGAUAACAAAAGUUUGCCGGAAUCAAUGCAGAUGCACGCUGAGCCUUUUAAGAAACAAGAAGCAAUUUCUCCAAGUAGGGAAGAACCAAUAUAUGAGGAUCACUCUAGAUCUCUACAAGAACAUGAUAGCAUUUUUACGUAUCAAGAUCAAAAAAUUGAAAACGAAGACAAACAAUUAGCAGGUUCUGAUCUAAAGAUUGAAGAGAAUAUUGAACACGAUAAAGACAUAUAUCAAGACGAAGAAAAACUACUCUUGGAGCAAGAUGAGCCAACGACUAGGGAUAUUUAUUCAUCAGAAACCACGGCCGAGUAUCAAGAAAAACAGAUUUAUAGUGAAGUGUCCAAGUUUGAAAAAACAUUGGAUGAUGACAAAAAUCUUUCUGACGACGACCUUGAUUCCCAAGAACAGUCGAUAUCGUUUCAACACAAAACAGAAGACACAACAGAGCAUUACGAUAUUACAUCAAGCAGUAUGUUCAAUUCUCAUCCUAUGGACCAGAGCUUCCACGAGAGUUAUGCCGAAGCAGAUAGAAAGGAAGACGAAGACUUCGGAACAUACCUCGAUGAAAAAACCGAUAAAUUGCAUGAUCAACACGAUUCAUAUAUAAUCGAUAAAGAACAAAGUAGAAUUACAUCCGAUAGUACCGAGGAACAUGCAGAAAAUAUUACAGCAUCAAAUACUAAUGGUAAAUACAUUGAAGAAAAGCAAGAAACAAUCACUAGUCACUACUUCGAAAGUGGAGAGGCACAUUUCGAACAUUAUGAAAGUUAUCACAAAGAUGCACAUCGCGAGUUUGCUGAGGUAACCGAAGAAGGAUAUUACGGUGAUAACGAAAGAAGUAAUGUGGACAGUGAUCAUCCUAAUAAUAUUUCACGGUAUGCUUUCCAAACAACAACAGAAUCUUCAGAUGGUGACACUAUUGUUUCCGAAAGAAAGGAAUUCGCGUAUAGUACAACAACAAACGGUGUUGGUUUAUCCUCAGAUAUCAAUGGACAUAAAAUGGAACCUUGGAAAAAUAACAGUCUGCUUGGAUUCGAAGCAGAUUCUUUCCGAAACGAGGGACACGAUUCGGCAAGUUUUUACAAAAGAGACUUUUCUGAUGCUUAUGGAACAGAUAAUCACACUGUUCCAUCAUCAUCGGAACUGUUCAAGAGUGAUAUGGGACAGAAACACUAUUCUGAUACGACCAGCAUUAACGACAUUUAUCUGGACUCCAAAGAUCCUAAGGAGAUUGUAGAGAAAGAAACUUUCUCUAGCAUGUCUUUCGGUUAUAUGAAGAACGAUUAUCAUUCGGAAGAUAAAGAUGAUCUUUUGGAACAUCAGUAUUCGGAACACGUUCAGAAAGAUUCUUCGAAAGAUUUUCGGCUAGAAGAUUGGAGCAAACCGAUGGGUCUUCCUUCACCACCGGAAACAAAAUCUAAGACGUCGUCGACUAGAGUUUCUUCGGGUAAGUCGAAGAUCGAAAAAUCGAAUACUUCGUCUACAGAAAAUGUUAAAAUGAAGAUGACAUCCAGAAUGGACAAAAGCAACAAGAUGAAGACGAAUACCUCUUCGGUGCAACCAGUCUACGUAGAUUUGGCAUACGUACCUCAUCACGGAGAUCCUCAUUAUUCGAAUUACGAAUUCUUCAUGAGAAUACGAGCUCGUUAUUACGUAUUCAGUGGUAUUAAUCCUAGCAAAGAAGUAUUGAAUUCCCUUUUAGAGGCAAAGAAAAGUUGGAAAGACGAUUCUGAAGUAACUAUCAUACCAACCUACGAAACCGACACCUUGGGUUACUGGAUGGCACUCAACCAAGACACACUGAUCGAAAAUAAGAUCGACGUGGCGCCUUCGGCUAGUCGAUGCACAGUAAAUCUUCAAGAUCACGAAACGAGUUGUGCAGCUUAUAGAUUGGAAUUUUAAUUCGAUUUUGUGAUAUGCACUGAUGUUGAGUUUCUCGUUAUAGCAUGAAAUGGAGCCUUUUCGUUACUGUCAUUCAAGAGAAGGUACAAAGAAGAAGCAGUAUUUGUGAGUUUAUUUUUUAUUCCCACAUUAAUCUAAGGUGUGGUUUACAUCUGUUAUAUCUAGGGCAUGUAUUUCUAAAUCCUACAAAAUAAGUUGCUGCCUCGCAUUGUUUCUCUGAGAGUUGAAGAAGAUUUCAGUUGGGAAGUUUUUCGUUUAAAAAAAUAUAUAUAU